CUUUUGCGGACAACCGAAGGUACAGAAUUCGAACUGCAGGACGAACUAAGAAGAAUUUCACCGAAGAUUAAGAAUCUAUACAGUUAAACUACGAAGUGAGCACAAAGAAAUUAAAUUGAUUUACACUAACUUGUAAAAACUAUAUUGGAUAUUGGAUCCGAAGCGCGUAUAUCAACCUCAAGGUCAUAAAUUUGGAAUUGAUUGUAAAUCGAGUGGUGUUUAACUGUAAAAUCCUCUGAACUACACAGUGUUGUAUUCUCAAUGUAGAAAACAGAUUUUCACCCUUGCUUAGUAUCAUAACCCAUAUGUACAAUGCAAACACAGCAUAUUGCAUUGGCACUAUUCUUGGUGCUUCUAGCCAUUGGUGCUAUUAUCAUUAUUAGUAUAUUGAUUGUUGUGAAAAGGCGAAUAGCUCGACGUAAAGGUCGUGUAGGACGUACCACGUAUACAGUCUGUGGACAAGGUUUGCCAAAGGUUUGGAAGUCAAAUAUUGAAAAGAAAAUCAAUGCAACUAUAAAAGUUCGCACUGAACCGCAGGUGUUUGGUCCACAUUAUGCAGAGAAUUAUGACGUAUACACAUCCAGUGGUGAGGUGACAUUUCUGUAUCGAGCGAAAGCACUUGAUCAAUUCCUGAUAUUAAAACAGGCUAUCCUGUCUGUGGAUUCAACACUGGAAGCGCCACCGUUAAGAGAUACACGUGAUUUCUUGUUGAAAUCACGUCAUCAUGUUAUGAAUCCACCACCUCCACGAGAUUGUAUUGAAGAAUAUUGUCGACUGUAUUUAUGGGCAAGACAUGAUUUGAAUCCUUUUGGCGAGGCAGAAUAUACACGACUUUGUGAGUUACAAUCAAGUUUAUUACAAACGAUUAAUCUUACAGGUUCAUUGCACCAUCCAAUGUAUUCACCUGCACCUAACAGUCCUAUACGCGGUGGUGGCGGUCAGUUAACUUCUGAACCAACUGUCAAAGUACACAAACGGACAAAUUCCAAUUUUAAAAUCAAUUUCCCAUCAUUUUUAUUUAAAGCUACAGAACAUUCACAACCUCGUGUUGUUGACCCAAAUAUCUCAACAACAACAACAACGGCGACAACAUCCACAGCACCAGGUCCAAUGCCAACAUCAAGUACGAUGAAACGAUCUCCUUCCACUCAUCAACAACAAUCCCGUCCAACACGGAUUAAAGUUUUGUCUAAAAAAGGACAAACAGGCGCUGGUAGUACUGGUAGUGCUGGUGGUAGAGGUAGUCAUACUACUAGUGGUGCAAUUAGCGGUUCUAGUAUAAGCCUGAAACGCUUAUCUCAUUCAUCACAUCGUAAAAAGCAUGAACUACUUGUCUCUCCAUCAGAGAAUGAAAAAUCCUCACUAACUAGUAGUGUCCAGUUGAUUAGUGGUCAUCCUUCAACGCAUGUCUUCACAAAUGAUGAUAUGAUUAGUGAGCAUGAUUCAAAUGCAGAUUUAUCCUUGACAAUAAGUAAGGCAGAUAUGACGAGUACAACAAGUCUGUCAAAUCGUCGUCGGCAUAGUUGUCAAAGUGAUGGUUCACAGACAGCACUUAUUGACUUAGAACCAAUUAUUGCUAGUAAUCCAAAAUCAUCGUUACCGUCAUCUCGACCAAUUAUAAAGCAUACGGAUACAUAUGGUCAAUCAGUCGAGUCAAGAAGUUCAAUACGAUAUAAUAAAGGUUAGUUAUGAAGGAUUAUGAAUACCUUUUGCUUUAAGUAUAAACACGUCCUUUGUUCCCUACCGAUAGCUACUAUCUUGACGUGGUGGACGGGAUUGAAUAUCGCAAUCACCUGAGAUACACUCAAUAGAACUGAUUUUCUUAGAGGAGGUCCUAACAUCCCAGAAAGUCGUUUGGAUAGCGGCAUGGAAAAUGAAGGAGUAAAUUGUUGAUUUCCUCACCUCAAAACAGCUUGUCAAAAGGUUUCAAUCAUUCAUUGCCCCUGCCUGUGAGACAAUUAAAACUCACUGAAGAGCAUGAGAUGAACUGUAUAAUUCCCCCUUUAAGUUAUUUAUUUAUCUUUUUUGUAUUGCAUUGUAUAGUUACCUUUUGUAAUCGCUUACCCAGCUACAAAUUCUUUUAUUCUAUUUUAUAUACUGUGUAAAUAAACUAUGAAUUCAGUAAUAGGCUAAUAUGCUUCCACUAACUUUAUUACAAAUCCCCCACCCGGCUUAGCCUAAUCCGUCUUCCCUGCCCUCCAAUUGAUGAUUGAAUCCCGCCUCCUUUUUGGAAAUACUAAACUUUGUAAAUAGUAUUCCCUGUGUACAUAUUUUUAUUUAUGUAUUUAUUUUUGCUUUAGAAAUUUUCCAUAAUGAUUUUCUUUAUUAUCUGAAAGUAGAAUAUACAGAUAUUUUUACUUCUUUAACAUUUGCUUUCACAAUCG